AGUUAAAUAAAAGCAGUUCCAGCAACGAAGAGAAGCAUAUCAGUGAGAAUAUUAUCGAAUCUAAUGGAGAAGGGUAAAGCAGUGAUGGGUUCGGGGCGUAGAUGGGCCGUUGAUUUCACCGACAAUUCAACCACUCCUUCCUCACGUGACAUCCCUGAUCCUCCUGGCUUCACUCGCGCUUCUCAAGAUCAGGAUGAUUCAACCACCAGUCGCCAAAAGAAAGAUGCCGAAGCUAAUUGGAAGGCUCAGAAAGCUUGGGAAGUGGCACAAGCUCCUUUCAAGAAUUUGCUAAUGAUGGGUUUUAUGAUGUGGAUGGCUGGAAGUACUGUACAUCUUUUCAGCAUCGGUAUUACUUUUUCUGCUCUCUGGCAGCCUAUAAGUGCUCUUCAAGGAGUUGGAAAGGUUUUUGAGCCUUACAAAGACAGUAAAGUAGAUCUUUUGGGGCCUAAGUUGCUUUUCAUUGCCCUUAACUUGGGAGGUUUAGCACUGGGUGUUUGGAAGCUUAACACGUUGGGGCUUCUUCCCACACAUGCAUCAGACUGGGUUUCAUCAUUACCCCCUGCUCAGGAGGUUGAAUAUUCAGGAGGCGGUAUUCCUCUGCACUAAUGUGCUCGUUCAAUCUAAUUUGCAACUAUUCUGUGAGAAUUUUUGUGGAAAGAACCUACAAGAGCAAUUGGAACUUAGAAGUUGUUCCUAUUGAAGGCUUGUUUUGUGUGGGCGAGGCUGCCAUAGACAAUACAACCACAUAUAUUGUUUUUACUCUUUUGAACUUUUUUUUGUAGCACUUGAUUAUGACUUGGUAGAUUAUUAUUGAUUCCCAUAUUCAGGUUAACUUUUUUCUACUAAAGAGACUUCAAUUUUCUUUUAA